AUGUCCGCUCAACCCACCAGCACCACGCCUCCUCCGCCGUCGUCGGAGCCCACGGCCACCGCCGAUAUCAAGCCGCCGACGCCGCCGGCCCUGUUUUGCGCCGCCGAUGCCGACGCGCGGCCGAAGAAGCGGAAGCUGGAGGAGGUGGGUUUCCACCAAUCGCCCUACUACAAGAUCAGAGCAGCCGUCGCCAACCUCCGCGGCCGCUUCCUUCAGGUUUGCCGAGCUACUGAUUUCCGAAAGGAAGAUGCUGCUCUUGAGAUCCUAAAAGAGAUAAAGGUUGUCAUGGAAUUAUCCAAGAAAAUGCGGCUGGAUAUAUCAGCUGCUGCUGGUGAGCCUGUAAAACCAUUGGACAUACCUGCAGCUAGAGCUGUGCAGAACAAGACUGCAGGAGAAGUGCCAUCUGUAGUGAAGAAUCAAGUUCCUCAGGCUCAGAUUGGCCAGGAUGCAACGUUUCUGCACAAUACAGGUGGGAAGGUACCACUCAAGCAUGCUAGCUUGCAGGCUGCGACAAUGGGGAUUCAGCGGGAAUCCGAUGCGAGCGAGGUAGCAAACCGUACCAAUCAGUUGGGCGACGGCGUGAAAGGUUCUUAUGUCAUCGGUGGAUCUCCCAUGGGCUGGAAUUUCCGUAUGUGGCCUGGAGGCAAAGCGGUCUACUAUGGCUUGAGCAAAGCAGAGUGGUUGGCACUACAAGCUGCAAAGUGAAACCUCGCUCUCACCCAACAAUCUAACAAGUACUUUGCCAUUAGAUCUUCCCUUCUUCAGAGAUAACCUAGUUGUUUGUUAGUGGCCCGCUGUGGUAUAGUAACUAGAUUGUAGUGCUUGAGACGAGACUCUUGGUGCCAGAACAUGGUGAGACAUAGCAGUCUCACCAGUAAGUAUCAUUUUGGAACUUUUCGUUGAAUCUGCAGGGCAGUCAGUACUUGGUAUAUAUACAAUGGUCUGUUUGCA